UUACUCUCAUCUGCAUAGGGGCAGGUCUGGUCAGCCUGCAGAGCAACUCCUCUGUGUCUACCCUCCCUACCACCUCCCAGACAGAAGGUUGCUUCCGUAUUAGUCCCAAGUGUUCAAUGGUAAACUUUGGGUUUAAGAACCUUUGAAGUUGGAUUGAAACAGAAGUGAAGAUAAUUACUGGUGAUCUUGAAGUUCAGGAAGAAAAUGAUUGUUACAAACAUGCUGCUGGCUACUCUAAGAUAUCAAGCAAAACCAAACUCCACUCCAUCAGCUAAGGAUGACUUAAGGAAGGGAGAGUCUCAUUAGCGUCACUGGAAACCUCGGCUUUACUUACAUUUCAGGUUGCUGCUAUUAUCCACACCCUUUUUAGUGAUGAUACAGAACUGGGAAAUAUGGAUAAAAACACAGGAGAACAACUCAACAGAGCCUACGAAGCAUAUCGCCAGGCAUGUAUGGAUAGGGAUCGAGUCAAAAAGGAACUACAGCAAAAGACCGUUUUUUAUGAGCAGCAGUUACAUGAUAAGCAGAAACAGAUAGAAGAUCUGAAAAACAUCCUGAAAACGAGGCCCUCCUCAUUUGCUGGAGCAGGAGGAUUUUGUGUGCCACCUCCGUCCCCCAAAUUGGAGAAUUCAGACAGUUGGAAAAGUGAGACUGCUUCCCUUGAGAGUCUGCAAGAACAGUUCAAAGUCGGUCUGCAGCGAGAAAAGCAUUUCAAGGAUCAGCUGGAUAUAGAAAAACUCCAUGUCUUGAAAUUAGAAGGAGAACGUGACAAGUUGGAGUCUGUCCUCGCCAGUAGGAAUGAAGAAAUUCAAUACCUAAAAAAGUCAUUGAAAGAAUCCAGAGAGAUAAAAGAAAAACCAGACCAAAAAAUAAUCCUGGACACAGAAAUGAGAAACAUGAACAUAGCUCAAGAUCCUGCUGCAGCAGCUACAGCCGUCAGUGAAAAUGCAAGGCUAGGUGUUGAACGGAUUUUCUCUGAUCUAAAGGAAGAAUUCAGUCGGAUUUGCAAGUUAACGAGAGAACAAAGCAGCCAGCUGAAUAUAUUUCUGACGAAGAAAGAAAUUGCCUCUGGUAAUGAUGUUCUGUUGCAGUUUUCGAUGCCCGUUCAAUGCACUGAUGAAGAAAAUGAGGAAGCCCAGAUACUACAGAAACCAAUGGAUAAAACGGUCAGAUCACGGUUUGCAUCGAUUACUCCCCGAGGAUUGGGACCAGAUGAUGAACUGAGCAUCUCUGUGGAGUCCCUUUCAAACUUGAGCGUGAAGUUCCCACCGAGUCAUGAUGAAACUGAUUUUUUGGAGAGCUCUCCUGGAAAGCUCCCGAUUCUUUCUCCAUUUUCAGAGCAGGAAGCGAAUCCCAACAGACAACUUCCUGACAUCGCGCUGAAGAAUUUCAGCACAGCACGGUCGAGUCCGCCGUAUUCACCUCGAUCACCAAGGACUGCCUGCCACUUGGAUAAGCAUGCUGAACCAGGAACCAACUACAGAGGCACAACUGUGCCAACAGGGGAGGACAGUGGCCUCUUUUUGGCAGCCAAUAGCCCAGCUGGUGAUUGCAAAAACACUUUCCACCUUCCAGAUCCUCCAGAGUUAGAUAAAUCUGCAGAGAUCACCGAGAGGACAGUACGGGGACCCCAGCAGCCCAUUUGGAAGCCAUCAUCGCCUCAUGACAGUGACCUAUCAAUUCCAGGGAGUGAGAAAUGGGAUCGGAAUACUUCUUCCGUAUGUGAAUUUUGCCAAGCUGUUUUCCCACCAUCGUCAGCAUUAGGAGGAGAUUUUCUAAGACAUCUUAACUCACAUUUUUAUGGACAGUCUUAAAGAUUUUUCACAUGGAAGAUCAUCACGGUUUGUCUAUACUCUUAAUCUCCAUUUCUUCUUUUUGGACACCAUUUCCACUUAAUGAUUAUUUGGGUGACAGGAGUUUAUCUUGUUGGCCAUCUUUGGGCUGUCCAUUCCUAAUAUCUAUUCUAUAACCCCUAAUAAAUUGCAUUAUUUUAAAUGCAUUAUCUGCAUAUACUGUAAGUUGUAGUAAAUUAAUUUCUAAGAGUUAUCAUUUAGCUUGAGUAGGCGACUACUGGGCCAUAUGGUGCAUUUGCUUUAUUCUGUUUUGUUGUGCAUUUUUGUAGAUUUUUAUUUUAUUUUUGUAUGGUUUCAUUAGACAUAAGGGGCACAUUUAUUAAUUAUGGCUUAAGUACUGAUACUUUGAGGCUGAGUUCACACAUAGAGGUCUCGGCUAAAGGCAAUUCAAUUUUUAAUAUCCACUCUGUGAACUGCAGUUUAGUCGCUUAACCGCACAGGCAUUAAAAAUAAAAAUUUAUUUUACCUGUGCCGAUCUCCACAGCUAUGCGUUUUUAGGACAAAAUAUGUGAACACAGCCUAAAAGUAGAGAAUCUAGGCUCAAAUGGGCCCGACUGUCUGAUAGAUUUGGUGCAACGUAGACUCUUUUCCUUCUUUCUGCCACCUGUUAGACCAGAAUUCUGCACACAAACACCGGCACACAAAGAUAAUAAGACUGUCUCAUUUUAAGGCUACCUAGCAGUGGAUUAUGACUCGGAAAAACCACAGUGUAUGGUCUCAUGCACACGGCCGUUGUUUGGUUCCGCAUACAAAAUUCAUAUAAAAUCUGCUGCAAUAUAAGCCGGAAACGAGCCUCGACCACAUUAAUAAUUCUUCCCCAAUGUAUUUGCUGUCUCCACACAGGUUUCACCUCUAAAAGGUAUCCAUUUAACAUAGCAACUACCAACAACUGUAUAAGGCUCCAUUCACACGUCCGCAAAAUGGGUCCGCAUC